AGCAACUCUUGCUUAAUACGUAAGACGAGCAACAAAAAUUACAUUAUCAAAUAUAUUUGGAUAUUAUUUAAAAUUACUAAAAUUGUGCAAAAAUAAAAUAUUUAUUUUUAAUUAAUUAUAUUUAGAUACAUGUUUAUAUACCUAUAUAUGCGAUUAUAUCUGAAUAAGUGUCAAGUCAACAAUGUUGUACGUGCUGUGCGUGAUUCAAGCUGUAUUUUGUAAACAAAGAUAUUAUAUGACAAUAGAAAAAGAUCUACAACUUUGCUUCCGCCGUUUUCCAAUAGAUAUCUCCAGGGUCAAGCACUGGUCUAUUAAAUCGAUUAAAUCGUUUUAUAUCGAUCUUGGACAUCUGUGUCAACAUUAACCCAAAACAAAUAUACACACCUGGGAAACUAAAAUUGAAUAGAUAUUGAAUAAUAUUUAACCUCAAAAAAUAUCUCAAAUAAACUGUUAUAAUACCAAAGAUAUUCUGCUGACGCCCAUGUAUUUCCAAAAGGAAGAAAAAAAUGCAAAAAUAAAAAAAAACACAAACAAUUGAACUUAAAACUUAAUUAAAGUAAACUUGAAAAAAGUCAAAUGCAAUAAUUAUAUAAUUCACGUGAGUGUGGAGUGAAACCAGACGGUGUCAACAAAAAUACAGCCGCAACGAAUUUACGAAUUAUUAAACGUAUUUCAAAGCUGUCACAUAUUAAAGCACUUAAGUGAGCCGCUCCGCGCCGUCUCCAAGAGCAGGCAACGCGACGUCUCUGCAAAAAUCGUAAAAAACCUAAAAGAUUGCUGCUUCUUCACCACUUUGCAUAUUAAAAAUAACAAACAAGCACACACACACACACACACACUUGUUUAUAAAUAAAUUGAUUGGAUAUGUAAUUGUUGUGCUCUCCAGUUGCAAUUGCACAUACUCGUACAUUUGUUGUUGUGUGUGUCAACGUGAAGCCAAGAAAUUAGCAAAUCGCCAGACCAACACCGUUAACACGGACGAUUUUCGUACAUGCGCACAGCCAUAAACCGAUAAUAGCCGAAACCUCGAAGUCGCAUUUUGGCCCAGUGUGAGCCGCAAUCAAUUGUCACUUUCGUGGUAUUGCACCGCUGAUGAUGAUGGUGCUGGUGGCGCUUGGCCGUGCUGUCACUUGCGUCAUGGAAGCUUUGCGCAUUCUGUUCGGUCAUUUAUUUGACAUUUUCAAGAUUUACCUCAAGUUCGGCCUUAUUACUUUGGUGUUUUACUUCGUCGCCGAAUGGUAUAUACUGCGUUAUAGCGAUUUCGAUACCUUCAUGGAACCGAAGCCUUUGCUGAAGCCGGACAGUAAUAGUACGGUUGGUAAAGUCUAUCGCUUUUUUGUGGAUUUUUUCCUAGGCUAGCCAUUUUGAGCAAAUUAUUUCAGUUUAUUUAUAUGAAAUUAGUAUUAAUUCAGUUUUAAUUUGUAAUUUUAAUGACACAUUUUUAAUUUUUGCGAAUGCUAAAGUUGAAUAUGAAAUCAAAGCGGAACAUUAUAGACAUUUAAUUGCUUUGCGGAAGACAUUUUUAUAGUCACGACAUGCUCAAGUCAAGGCUUUUGAUUACGUCGGAUUAAUUUUGAAUAAAAUAAUUAUAAUCAGUUUACUUAUGUAUAUUAUAUAUAGUAUAAUAUUAGACGAAUGUCAAUGUUAAUACCAAAUUUUAUUGUAAAAUCAUAUAAAUAUGUUUCUUAGCAUUAACAUUAGACACACCUUGUUCUAUGUUAUUGUUUUGACAAUU